AUAAAAACGAGAGUCGAACAAGAGGUGUAAAUUUAGGAAUAGCGUGUAUUGAAAGUCUUUUUACACUCGUCGUCCAAGGAGGCAAGUUCUAAAAUGUCUCAUCGUAAAUUUUCAGCACCCCGUCAUGGGUCUAUGGCAUUCUAUCCGAAAAAGCGUGCUCAAAGGCAUCGUGGUAAAGUUAAGGCAUUUCCAAAAGAUGACCCUAAAAAACCAGUACAUUUAACAUGUUUUAUUGGUUAUAAAGCUGGAAUGACUCAUAUCGUAAGAGAAGCAAAUAGGCCCGGCUCAAAAAUCAAUAAAAAGGAAGUUGUUGAAGCUGUAACUGUUUUGGAAACUCCACCAAUGAUUAUGGUUGGUGCUGUUGGUUAUAUUGAAACACCUUUUGGAAUGCGUGCUUUGGUUAAUGUAUGGGCUCAACAUUUAUCAGAAGAAUGUCGUCGUCGUUUUUACAAGAAUUGGUAUAAGAGUAAGAAGAAGGCUUUUACUAAAGCUAACAAAAAGUGGAGUGAUAAUUUUGGAAAGAAAAGCAUUGAAAAUGACUUUAAGAAGAUGAUCCGUUAUUGCAAAGUUAUUCGUGUUAUUGCUCAUUCGCAGAUAAGACUAAUUAAACAACGUCAAAAGAAGGCCCAUAUUAUGGAAAUUCAACUUAAUGGUGGAACUAUCGAAGACAAAGUAAAAUGGGUUAAAGAACAUUUAGAAAAACCCAUUCCAGUCAGUCAAGUGUUUGGACAAGAUGAAAUGAUUGAUUGCAUUGGUGUAACUAAAGGCAAGGGUUUUAAAGGUGUAACAAGCCGUUGGCAUACCAAGAAACUGCCACGCAAAACACAUAAGGGUUUGCGUAAAGUAGCUUGUAUUGGAGCAUGGCAUCCAAGUCGAGUUUCAUUCACCGUUGCUCGUGCUGGUCAAAAAGGCUAUCAUCAUCGUACAGAAAUCAAUAAGAAAAUAUACCGUAUCGGAGCAGGAAUUCAUACUCGUGAUGGCAAGAUCGUGAAAAACAAUGCUGCAACUGAGUAUGAUUUAACCGAUAAAUCAAUCACACCAAUGGGUGGUUUCCCGCAUUACGGUGAAGUAAAUAAUGAUUUUGUUAUGCUUAAGGGUUGUUGUAUUGGUUCUAAGAAACGGGUUAUUACAUUACGGAAAUCAUUACUCGUACAUACUAAACGAUCAGCUUUAGAAGAAAUUAGCUUAAAAUUCAUCGAUACCUCAUCAAAAAUGGGUCACGGUCGUUUCCAAACUCCAGCCGACAAAUUGGCUUUUAUGGGUCCACUCAAAAAGGAUCGUAUCAAGGAAGAACAAGCUGCGACAACAAGUGCUUAGAUGCAGAAUUUUUAAACAUUGUGCUUUUCUGUUUUUUUAUUUAAUAUUAAAAUAAAGCACUAUUAAAAAAGAA